UUCUGAUCCGUUUAUUGUUUUGAAUUUACAGCCCUAACAAUAACUAACAUCCCAUUCCCAGUUUUCUUCUUUCUCCUCCCUUCACAGCCGCCGCCGCCGCCGGCCAUCGCCGACCACCGUAACUAAUCACCGAAGACAGCCCUCGAACCACUAAAUGGUGGGUCUGUCAGUAGGAGAAAAACAUUACAUUAAGGGUGGAAUUGCUCAAGAUCUUCGAACAGAUGGGCGUAAACGGUUAACUUACCGUCAUAUCUAUGUUGAAACUGGAGUAAUUGCUCAGGCAAAUGGUUCAGCAAGAGUUAAGCUUGGUGCUACUGAUGUAAUUGCCAGUGUAAAGGCUGAAAUUGGAAGACCAAAUCCAUCACAUCCUGACAAAGGCAAGGUUUUUAUAUAUAUUGAUUGCAGUCCAACCGCAGAGCCAACUUUUCAGGGUAGAGGAGGUGAUGAAUUGGCUGGAGAGCUCUCGACUGCUCUUCAGAGGUGUCUUUUAGGUGGUAAAAGUGGAUCAGGAGCUGGAAUUGAUUUGUCAUCUUUAUCGAUUGUGGAGGGGAAGGUCUGUUGGGAUCUUUACAUUGAUGGACUUGUGAUUAGUUCAGAUGGAAAUGUCUUAGAUGCAUUGGGCGCUGCUAUCAAGGCUGCUCUAAGUAAUACUGGCAUACCAAGAGCCAAUGUUGCUCCAGGUGCUGCUUCUGACGAGCAGCCCGAAGUCGACGUCAGCGAUGAGGAAUUUCUCCAGUUCGACACGUCAGGUGUACCCGUCAUUGUUACAUUGACAAAGGUGGGUAGACAUUAUAUUGUGGAUGCAACAGCAGAAGAGGAGUCUCAGAUGAGCUCUGCAAUAUCGGUUUCAAUAAAUAGGCAAGGAAAUGUAUGCGGGUUGAUGAAACGAGGUGGUGCAGGACUUGACCCGAGUGUUAUACUUGACAUGAUAUCGGUUGGUAAACAUGUAAGUCAGCAGUUGAUCAACAAAUUGGAUUCAGAAAUAUCUGCAGCUGAAGCAGCAUGUGAAGAGGAUUGAUGAAGAUAAGUCAGAUUGUUUCUUUCUUUUUCUGCUGUUCUAUUAUGAACUUCAUCCAAGUGUCUUCUAUUCAACUUCAUAUUUCUUAAAUCAAAUCUCUAGUUCAACAUACUCCUA